GCCUCCCUUCGUUCGGAACCUUUUUCUUUUUCAUCUAUACAUAAAAGACCUUGGAAAUAAUAUGAACAGCAUGCGCAAGUCCAAUCGACCGAACUCUGCCGGAUCAACAAGCAGUGGUCGCAUGCAACGUAUUGUUUCACAGGCAACAGCUCGACUUUCGUCAGAUACAAUAACUGAACCCGAGUAUCACGAUGGCAGCCACGAUGGACUUGUUCGGUAUCGCUUACAAGGUGCACUUACUGCAAUCGCGAUAUCGCCUGACAGUGAAGCUGUAGCAGUAGCUGGACGUGAUGUUUUAAAGAUCUUGGCUGUAAACCCAAACCAGGUACGCGAAGUAUUAAAUUUGCGUGCAGGUAGCCAUUUAAGCACCAACUAUAACAGCAACGACGUCAAAUGGGGAAACAAUGCAACGAAAACCAAGCUGGCAACAGCUGCAACAAACGGUGCAAUUAUUUUGUGGGAUAUCAACAGAACCACGGGUCGUCGGGCAGAACGUGUCAUUAACGAACAUUCGCGUGCUGUAAACCGUGUCUGCUUUCAACCGGACAAUGGUAAUAUCCUGCUAAGCGCAUCACAAGAUGGAACCAUGAAAUGUUGGGAUUUGCGUGACCCCAAGCUCGCUUCCCGGUAUCGAUUUGAGGGCAAGUCAGAAUCAGUACGCGAUGUACAAUUCAAUCCUGUUCAUCAACAUGAAUUUGCUGCUGCGUUUGAAACGGGUACAAUUCAGAAAUGGGAUAUGCGAAAUCCAAAAGCUCUUUACGAACGCAAAUUUAGCGCACAUAAUGGACCUUGUCUGACAGUGGAUUGGCAUCCAUCAGGACGUUUCGUAGCUAGUGGAGGCCGCGACAAGACAAUUAAAGUAUGGGACAUGAGUGUGGAUAGUCGAAGGCCAAUGUAUACGAUCCGAACAAUGUCAUCAGUAUCUCGUAUUCAGUGGCGACCUGGCAAUGAGCAUGAAAUCACGUCAUGUGCACUAUUGACAGAUAAUCGUAUACAUGUCUGGGAUAUACGACGGCCUCAUAUUGCCAAAUACGCUUUUGAUAUUCAUGAUACAGCGCCUACAGGGUUUCAAUGGCUCAAUUCUGAUGUUUUAUAUUCAUGCGCCUCCAAAGACAAAACCUUCAUACGACAAGAGAUUCACCACGCAUAUGAACCUAUCAACGGAUUACGACGAAACGGCACAGGAUGGAAUAUUCAAGGCGAUCUUGCUUUUACAGUGAACAGAAGUUCACGAGAAAAUUUCGUUGAUGAAUCCCUCGUUCCUACCAAGCCGACACAGCCUAAGAAAUGGAAAAAAACAAGCGCAAAACUGACCAUUGAAGACGAGGUUAUCCAGUAUCUUCCACCCCAAAGUUGCGGCAUUGCGCAUUUACCUCUUUUCGACUUUGAAGCGUUCUCGUUGUUUGCGGAACAUUAUGAUUGUUCCAGCGAUGAUAUUUUGGCGUCAUGUGAAAAGAAUAGCGAGGUUGCUUGGAAAUUGGGUCGAUAUCGGACAUCACAAACAUGGAAAAUCAUUGCUUUGCUUUUCCAGCCCGGUGAGGAUGAUGAUGAUGAUGAUGAUGAUGAUGAUGAUGAUGAUGAUGAUGGAGAAAAAGAAACGGAAGAAGAUAAUGCUGUGGUGCAAUCAUUAGCGUCACAACAUCAACAACAGACUGAUGGAUCAAGUGAAUCUGAAUCAUCAUCAGACGAAAAUGAUGAUGACGAUGGAACGGAUAAUAGUGCCGACGACUUAGAAACACAAUCAAGCGCAGUCUAUUCAGAAGACACGACCCAUCUCUGGUCAAUCUGGCAACAUCAAGGCGUUGUAAAUGACUUACUGGACUAUUACACGGAAGAGGGUGAUGUGCAGAUGUGUGUCACACUAUAUCUUGUCCUUCGACAUCAUAUCCAUGUUAAUGCGGAUCGCCUCGAAGACUGGUUCGCUGCUUAUAUUGAUCUUCUUCACCGAUUUAAGCUCUGGACAACUGCAACAGCAGUGAUCAAUUCUUGUCCAGUUGCACGGAUAAGAGAGCGUAAUGAGAACGCUACUACAAUCAAUAUUGCAUGUAACAACUGUUUCAAGUUGGUGAUGGGCACACCACAAGGUGCCUGGGCUUGUGACAAAUGUCAUCAACUGCUGAACCCAUGCUCAAUUUGCCAUCAAACGGUACGUGGAUUGUAUGUCUGGUGUCAAGGAUGCAAUCAUGGUGGCCAUUUAGAGCAUAUGCGUGAGUGGUUUAACCAUGAAUCCAUGUGUCCCACAGGUUGUGGUCACUCUUGUACACUAAAACCAUUGAUUACGACCUUGAGCCAUCUAAAAUCAACGAAUACCACUGGCAUUACUACCACCGCAGCAGCCUCUUAAGAAAUAGACGAACUUCUCUCUCUCUCUGUCUUUUGUACAUAAUAUAUACCCUCGCUUUCAAUAUUGGCGACUCUUCUUCUCCCUCGUUUACCCGUUCUCUUUAACCUGUCGCCUUAUUUCAAGACUGAAUUAUUUUUUAAAAUUUCCUAGCUAAAGCAAAAGAGGCUCUAAUAUUAGUUUUGCUCAUUACCGCUUUUAACCGACUGUAAUACUGUACUUAUUGUACUUUCUUUUUACUCGAGUAGUUUAUCUGGUGAGUGACUUCCACAUCCUUUUUUUAGUUUACAAGCCGAGAUUGGCGGUCUUUUCUUCUCGCGUGCAUGGACAUUCAACAGUUUCAUUUUUAUGAUGUCAAAUCCUAAUAAAAAUGAAUAUGCAUCAUGGGG